AUAUAAACACACGCAUCGCCUGGCUCUCAGAGGCACAAAUUCACAUUGAGGGAAGCUUUUAAAACCAUCAGCCCUGAAAUCCUGCCUCCGGCUUUUCCCCCCUCUUUCAUUCCUUUUGCCUUCCUUUCUUUUUCCCCCCUUUCUUUCCCCAGCAGCAACUCCAGAGCCGAGAGACCGCGUCCCGGGACGGACUGCCUUUUCUUAAUUGAUACAAUAGCCCAGCUCGGGUUUUCACCUCCUCCCCCAACCCCACCCCGCCUCACCCCUCCCGCCCGCCGCCGCCGCCGCCGCCCCAGCGCCCGCCCGGGGCUCUGUCGCCGGCUGCGUCCCGUCCGGGCCGCGGGCCGCCGGCUCCGCACCCGCGUCCGCCUCGCCGCCUCGCCUGCCGCGCCCGCCUCGGGGGUGCAGCGGCGGCUCCGGGGCUCCGGCGCGCCGCCCCGGGCAGCCCAGAGGCGCUGAGCUCGGCCUCUCCACUCGCCUCAGCCGGGGAGCCUUCCCCCUUGCACCCAAAGUUUCUGGGUUCGUUGGAAUUUGGGGAUUCAGGAUUUUUUCCUUUUUUUUUUAAACCUAGGAAUUUGAGGGGAAAACUUUUGACAAAUCCAUUGCACUUUCUCUCCGCUAGUUCUCUGUCCCCCUUCUUCUUUUUUUCCCAAACAGGGGAAGGGGCUUACGAGAGAGAGGCUCCCGCUGGACAAAGUUUUCCCCAAGUUUUCCGAGUGUGAUGGUUGCGGGGAGAGCCAACCCACCAGCUUGAUUCACGACUUCGUCUCGCCACCCCUCGAGCAACCCCUAAGCCCGCUAUAAGGGAACAAACAAACAAACAAACAAACAAAGUUACACUCCGAGUCGCCUCGUGUCUCCUCUCUCUCUUCUUUUAGGCGAUUUCCCGCCCCCCUCUGCUCUUCCCUUACAACCUCCACUUCCCUUCCCUCGGCCCCUUGCUCCUUCUCUGUUUCGGCUGGAGGUGCCAGGACCCCCGGCCGAAGCCUCCCCUCCCCCGCCGCUCGCGUCCCUUCUCGUCUGGCCCUCCCCUCCCCCGCCGAGGCCCGCACAGCCAAUCCCCCGAGCGGCCGCCAACAUGCUCUUUGAAGGCUUGGAGCUGGUGUCGGCGCUGGCCACCCUCGCCGCGUGCCUGGUGUCGGUGACGCUGCUGCUGGCCGUGUCGCAGCAGCUGUGGCAGCUGCGCUGGGCUGCCACCCGCGACAAGAGCUGCAAGCUGCCCAUCCCUAAAGGCUCCAUGGGCUUCCCGCUCAUCGGAGAGACCGGCCAUUGGCUGCUACAGGGUUCUGGCUUCCAGUCGUCGCGGAGGGAGAAGUAUGGCAACGUGUUCAAGACGCACUUGCUCGGGCGGCCGCUAAUCCGUGUGACGGGCGCAGAGAAUGUACGCAAGAUCCUCAUGGGCGAGCACCACCUCGUGAGCACCGAGUGGCCACGUAGCACACGCAUGCUGCUGGGCCCGAACACGGUGUCCAACUCCAUCGGCGAUAUCCACCGGAACAAGCGCAAGGUCUUCUCUAAGAUCUUCAGCCACGAGGCCCUGGAGAGCUACCUGCCCAAGAUCCAGCUGGUGAUCCAGGACACGCUGCGUGCCUGGAGCAGCCACCCCGAGGCCAUCAACGUGUACCAGGAGGCUCAGAAGCUUACCUUCCGUAUGGCCAUCCGCGUGCUGCUGGGCUUCAGCAUCCCCGAGGAGGACCUGGGGCACCUCUUCGAGGUCUACCAGCAGUUUGUGGAGAACGUCUUCUCUCUGCCCGUUGACUUGCCCUUUAGUGGCUACCGGCGGGGCAUUCAGGCAAGACAGACCCUACAGAAGGGCCUGGAAAAGGCAAUCCGGGAGAAGCUGCAAUGCACGCAGGGCAAGGACUACUCGGACGCGCUGGACAUCCUCAUCGAGAGCAGCAAGGAGCACGGGAAGGAGAUGACCAUGCAGGAGCUGAAGGACGGGACCCUGGAGCUCAUCUUUGCUGCCUACGCCACCACUGCCAGCGCCAGCACCUCGCUUAUCAUGCAGCUGCUGAAGCACCCGGCCGUGCUGGAGAAGCUGCGGGAGGAGCUGCGGGCUAAGGGCCUCCUGCACAGCGGCGGCUGCCCCUGCGAGGGCACGCUGCGCCUUGACACGCUCAGUGGGCUGCACUACCUGGACUGCGUCAUUAAGGAGGUCAUGCGCCUGUUCACACCGGUCUCCGGCGGCUACCGCACCGUGCUGCAGACCUUCGAGCUCGACGGUUUUCAGAUCCCCAAAGGCUGGAGUGUCAUGUACAGCAUCCGGGACACACACGACACGGCGCCCGUGUUCAAGGAUGUGAACGUCUUCGACCCGGACCGCUUCGGCCAGGCGCGGAGUGAGGACAAGGACGGCCGCUUCCAUUACCUCCCUUUCGGCGGCGGUGUCCGGACCUGCCUAGGCAAGCACCUGGCCAAGCUGUUUCUGAAGGUGCUGGCAGUGGAGCUGGCCAGCACCAGCCGCUUCGAGCUGGCCACCCGGACCUUCCCCCGCAUCACCUUAGUCCCCGUCCUGCACCCUGUGGACGGCCUCAGCGUCAAGUUCUUUGGCCUGGACUCUAACCAGAACAAGAUCCUGCCAGAGACCGAGGCCAUGCUGAGCGCCACGGUCUAAGGCUCCAGGCCUCGGGGUGGGAGCGCUGGAAGGGUAUAAACCUGUGUGCGGGUGGGGCUGGAGCCCGGGGAAGGGGUAGGCCCCCAGGCCUUGCCCUCCCCUGUUCCCCUACCUGCAAACCUGCCCCAAGUCAAAAGGGGGCCAGCCUCCGGGGUGGGGCCCUCCCCCGACCCCGCCUCUCUCCAGUCUCUCUGGUUCCCAACAGCUUAGUCCCCCGGGAAAGGGCCCCGGCCCCCGGGGCCCCGCAUGCCCGUCACAGUGUUAACCGUCGGCUGUGCUGCAGCCUUUGCUUGUGAUGUUCUGAACUGGUCUCUCCCCUCCCUUUUCUUUUGGACUCUUUUAGUUUGAGGUCAGGUGGUUGCCAUGGGGAGGGAGAAAAAGAGGUGCCCCCUGUGGCCCUUUCUUCAGCACCCGCCCCCGCCACCCCGGCUCAGACAGACGAGUGCCCCUCCCGGCGUGGCCACCCGUGCCUGCGGGGAACAGCAUUGUGGGUAAUAGAAUGCCAGUCACCCUUGGCAGAGCGGGGAUGGGUUGUCACCAGCCUGGAGGCCCACCCCCUGCCAUUUGGGACGUUUGAAAUUACCUGUUGCUGCUACUUUUUCUCUCUUCUGACCUUGGGGCAGAGGAGCCCCAGGCCCUGUCCUCCCAGCAUCCUCCCUGGUGGCCCUGGGCAUGCGCACUGACACCCCCACCUUUCCACCAGGCGGCUCAGAGCCCACCCUGCUCCCUGUACACCCACGCCCAAGGCCCUCUGCCCAUGGGCUGACCCCCGUACCCCACCCCCCGUAUUUAUUCACUGGUAUAACCGACUCUUGGUGUUACUGGGACUGGAACAAGCAUUCCGCCAUCCCCUGGCUUCCAUCCCAGCUGUCCCAGGCAGGACUUCUGCAAGUGGUCAACCCCCAGCCCCUGCCCCCGCCGGCCGAGGGUCGAGUAGCCCCCCAGGCACCAGACCUUCUGUGGGCUCAGCCUUGGAGCCUCACCCCCGAGGUGAGAUCCAGUGGGUGUGCUUGUGUCCCCGGGGGGGAUGGCGCACUGCCUCCCUGCCGCUCUGUCAGAAACCGCUAGCACAGGGGCCUGGGGCUGCUGCCGGCUCCCACGUGGUCACUGUCCACUGCGGUGCCCCCCAUGCUGGCUGGUGAGUAUGGAGAAGGAUACGGGUUCUUCUGACGGGGAGCCAGGGCCUCCGUCAUCCCUCCCUUGACCCUUCCCUUUGCCCUUGGAAAGGUGUCCCUGAAGUCCCUUCCCACCUCUAUGCCACUGUCUGCUUAGCCCAGCUCAGGGGUGUGGGGACCAGAUGGAAGCCAGGGGAGGUGAGAGCAGAAGGCAGCCCUCCCUCGGCCGUGGUGGCUUGAGGUGGCUGUGGGGAGCGCUGCAGCGAGAGCUGAGGAGGAGGGUACGUGCGACUUGUCAAGUGAUUUGGUGGAAAAUGAGCGGUCAGGGGAUGGAGGAGGAAUAGCUCCUGCCACUGGCAUUUUGAGUGUUGGCAAUUAGGGAUGCCUCCCGGGAUGGUUUUGGGCCUCUGGUGAGUCUCUCAGUGAUUUUGUCUGUUUCCAAACUUUUCUUUGAUUUUCAUGUUUCUCUGUUGGCGCUUGAUGUUAUAAAAGAAAUGAAUCCUCUUUAGGAGAAAAUAAAAAAUACACAGAAGAAUAACG